GAGGAAGAAAUGGAGGGUAAUUCUAGUGUUAUGGGUUUUGGAGAGAAUACAACUAGUAGUGGGGUUUGUCCAAUGAUGAUGAUGCCUUUAGUGACUUCUCAUCAUGUUGGUCAUCAUCCAAUAAAUCCUAAUCUUAAUAAUCCCAAUCCUAAUCCUAGUGAAGACACAAACAUUUCAUUCCUUCCCUCGCCUUGCAAUAAUAAUCAUCAACACAUAAACCGCAACAUCAUGCUUGACAGUAACCACAACGCCAACACCUCUGGGUUAGGGUAUUUCAUGGACAUCCACAACACCAACAACGAUGGAAGCUCCUCCUCCUCUUCUUCCGCUGUCAAGGCCAAGAUCAUGGCCCAUCCUCACUAUCACCGUCUCUUGGCAGCCUACGUCAAUUGUCAAAAGGUUGGAGCUCCUCCUGAAGUGGUGGCUAGGUUAGAAGAAGCGUGUGCAUCUGCUGCUGUGACAAUGGCAGGUGGUACAGCCUGCAUCGGUGAGGAUCCAGCGCUGGAUCAGUUCAUGGAGGCUUACUGCGAGAUGCUGAUCAAGUACGAGCAAGAGCUCUCCAAACCCUUUAAGGAAGCCAUGCUCUUCCUUCAAAGGAUCGAGGGCCAGUUCAAAUCUCUUACUAUUUCUUCAUCAUCAGACACUGCUUGUAAUGAAGCUACUGAUAGGAAUGGAUCAUCUGAAGAUGUUGAUGUACACAACAACUUAAUCGAUCCCCAGGCAGAGGAUCAAGAACUGAAGGGUCAACUCUUACGCAGGUACAGUGGAUACCUUGGCAGUUUGAAGCAGGAAUUCAUGAAAAAGAGGAAAAAAGGCAAGCUGCCUAAAGAAGCAAGGCAACAAUUACUUGAAUGGUGGAGCAGACAUUACAAAUGGCCUUAUCCAUCUGAAUCGCAGAAGCUGGCUCUCGCAGAAUCAACAGGUCUGGAUCAGAAGCAAAUUAACAACUGGUUUAUUAAUCAGAGAAAACGGCACUGGAAGCCUUCAGAGGACAUGCAAUUUGUGGUGGUGGAUCCAAGCCAUCCACACUACUACAUGGAAAAUGUUCUGGGCAAUCCCUUUCCCAUGGAUCUCUCCCACACCAUGCUCUGA